UUAUUGAGCUCUCUACCAUCAUGACUGAAGCCAGCGCACUUGGAUUGACCGAAGAACAGGUAGCAGAAUUCAAAGAGGCCUUCAGUUUGUUCGACAAGGACGGUGAUGGUACUAUUACCACCAAAGAGUUGGGCACAGUUAUGAGAUCACUGGGACAGAACCCCACCGAGGCAGAGCUGACGGACAUGGUCAACGAGGUUGAUGCCGAUGGUAACGGAACAAUCGAUUUCUCCGAAUUCCUGACAAUGAUGGCCCGUAAAAUGAAGGAUAGUGACACGGAGGAGGAGCUGAAGGAAGCGUUCCGCGUCUUCGACAAGGACGGUAACGGUUACAUCAGCGCCGCCGAGCUGCGUCAUGUUAUGACCAACCUCGGGGAGAAGCUUACUGAUGAGGAAGUCGAUGAGAUGAUCAGAGAAGCCGAUAUCGAUGGUGAUGGACAAGUCAACUAUGAAGAGUUCGUCAAGAUGAUGAUGUCGAAGUAAAUUAUUGUGCUACAUGGUUUGUGGGCCUGCAUGCAGAACUACUCGCCUGAUCAGACAUCAUCCUGAUAGAUCAGAAGUUUUAAUAUUUAAGAAGUAUUUUAUUCUUCCAAUUCUGUCUAAGCUUAUGAACACUAUUACUUCUUAAGUUAAAAUUUAUCUUUAAAAGCUCUCCUCCAGCAACGUCCAAUAGUUCUCGUGCGCGGCGCGCGCACAAAAAUGCUCCCUAGAAGUGUACAAAGCACACAAUUGCUCAACAUUUGCCAGUAGUUAGUGGGCGCGAAAAUAGCUAACUGACCAGUAUAUAUUUGAAGUUUUGUUGAAACUAUAUUUGCUCCAUAGACAGCUAAUCUUAAGAAUUCAUUGCUGAUUUGUAUAUAGCGGUUUACCGAUAUUAUACGCUCAUUGGGGCAGAGACUCGACCUUCCUUAAUGUGUUUCUUGGUUUUGAUGUGUGGAUUGGAUUUAUUUUAUUUGAAAUUAUUCUGUAAAGGUACCGGGCUCCUCUAGGAAGUGUGUUUUGGCCGGCGUUUGUCUGAGGAUUCUGUCCUGCCCCCACGUAUAGUAAUAAUAUGUACAUUGAAUUAUCUUUUGUACACUAUCAA